GCAUUAGUGGCAAGUGUGGACAACAUCUGUGAGGAUUUUGACAGCAGUUGUGUUAUUGAUUCUCUUAUGGGGUAUUACGUGUUCAACCAAUAGGGCCAGUCAAGACAAACACAUACGUCAGUAAAACUGAAACAAAAUGCCGGGGCGUUUUCAGAGCGGUUGGACCCUGGCGUUCAUGAAAAUUCUACUCGUUUUCUUUGACUUUGCACUUUGGGUAUUUGGAUGUGCUGUUUUAGCUGCUGGAAUUUGGAUGAAAUUCGAAGUCCAUAAAUUCCUAGAUGUCAACCCAUCAAAUCCUGUUGCUUCACAUGUUGCCAUUUUCUUCAUGUCCGUUGGAGUUGCCAUAGCUUUGGUAGGACUGAUGUCCUGCUAUUGCACACUAUCUGGAAAUCCCAUUCUUCUUUACCUGUAUUCAGCUUUCUUGGGAGUUGUACUUGUUAUCCAGAUCAGCAUUGGAAUUGCUGCCUUUGCCUACCAGGAUGCAAUCAAAGAAAGCUUCAAGAAUGGUUUGAAGAACAGCAUGAAGAGCUACAAAAAUGUUGAAGCCAACAGAGAUGCCGUUGAUACCAUGCAAACUGCUCUGAAAUGUUGUGGUGUUGAAAGCUAUGAAGACUGGCAAGAUUAUGGACUCCCAGUUCCAAAUUCCUGCUGCAAAGCCCCGAGUUGCAACACUAAGAACCCCUCAUCGAUCAAUGAAGUCGGCUGUUACACGACUGUGGUUACUUUCAUCAGUUCAUCUGGCAAGCUAAUUGGAAUCAUCUGUCUAGCAGUGGCAGGUUUUCACAUUUUGGGGCUGGUUUUGACUUGCAUGUUAGCCAGUUGCAUCAACAAGUGGAAAUACGAAACAAUCCUUUAAAUCACUUUGCUAAGACUCUCCACUAAACCUACAACCUACCGGCAUUUAUUCAUACGAGCUCGCAUACCUUUCAGUGUUCUUAUAAGUGUUAAUUCUUUCACUAGCAUGCACUUGUAUUCAUGUGCCGUACUCUGAUCGUCGUCAAUGCCAAAAUUAUUUCUAAACUUGCAGCAUUAUUGCCCUGGAAGUGCAAACUAUUAACAUCUAUGACUUUUCCUCUCCAAAUUCAAGUAAUCUCGUCACACGCUCGAUGUGAACUAGUCCUGCACGCAACUCGCCUGCAUACAUAUUCGCCUAUUUUUGGUCCUACGAAUUUCGACCUACUAUUUUUCCAUAUAUAUUGCAUCUCUGUUUUUUUUUUGAAAUAUCUACAGUACAGUUUACCAUGUAUUCCCCCUUCAAUCAAUUCUGCAUGUGAUGUUACUUCAUCCUGGGCUGGACAUUUAUUAAUACAUAAUAAUGAAUAUUCCAAUACAAUUUAUAAGGAUGGCAA